GUCGAGCCCGCUCUCUCUCAUGCCAUGCUGGGCCACAAGGGCUCCGGGAGACGCUGCUACACAUUACCGAGAAGCAGGAUGGAUGAGAGGCGGUGGGGGCUAGAGAAAAGUUUGUUUUAAACUACUGGAGAAACUUUGAAGAUGAAACCGCGUUGACGCGCCAUGUUACAACCACAGCGCGAGAACAAAGCUAGUUUUUGCUGAAUAUACGCAUUUAUACCUCCUGCGCGUGCUUUUUGCCUCUCUGGUACUGUUCUGUGCGCAAGGCUGGCUGGAGCUUGCUGUCACUGCGCGCUGAGAUGUUGCAGUGACUAUGGCUGCGCAAGUGGCAUCGGCUCCGACCAGAACUAGUAAAAACAAGAAACUGUCAAGCAGCUUGGGACCGGACCUCGGUUCGGGGAAAUCCGGAGGAGGUGGGACCGUGCAGCGGACUGGACUGAUGCUCGGAGCUGGAGAUGGAACUCUGAAUAAUGUAGAUCAUCUCCGCCGAAACGAGAACAACAUGGUCCAUUCAACUUCCACGAGUCACAACGCUGCGGACGGACAUGACAAAGAUGGGAACAAUCUCUCUUUAGCUCCGGCGUCGACUCACUCAUCCACUUCCUCGAUGGAAGUGGGCUUGAUCGCGAACCACAAGCUGAAAUGUGUGGGGAGCGGAGACCCCCAGCCUCAAACACAACAGCAGCCGCCACCGCCGACGCACUUCAACCAGUUUGCGCCACAUCAGCAACGGCAGAUCCAAAGUAACAACACAGCCAACAAUAACGGCCAAGGUCCCCGUGGGGAUAGGGCCGUAGAUCACCCUCACCACGGCGGCAAGGAGAACCUGUUAGGGGGCCAGGGAGAGCCACAGCAGCAGCUCAUGACGGGGAAAGGUGAGGGUGAGCUCACCUGUAAGCCCGCGGAGAGGAUGAUGGGGGGCAGGUAUGAGCACGGAAACUUGGGACCAACAAGCAACAACUCUGAGUUCAAUAACAACUAUUACACUCCUCGUUCCUAUUAUGAGCAACAUGGCGGCUCAGGGAUGGCUCAUAACAGCCUGGAGAACUCCCACGAAACGGGCUAUAAUAGCCAAUACAACCAAUACCCAGGGUACCGUGCGGGCUAUGGUGGUGGGGCUUACGGGAUGAUGGGCUCCACGGGGUGCAGACAGCCCGGGAACAUGAUGAUGGGCAGCAGCUCUCCUGCGGGCCACAGCAAGUCCCCUCUGGGACCGACUUCGGGUGGCUUUCAGAGGUACCCAGGACAGAGCCAGCCUCAGCAGCAUCCCUCCGGGGCCACGCCGACCCUAAACCAGCUGCUCACAUCCCCCAGUCCUAUGAUGCGGGGCUAUGGCGCUGCCUAUCAAGAAUACAGUGGUCCUUCGUCGCAGCAGCAGCAGCAGGCCAGCAUGGGUUUGGGAAAGGACAUGGGACCACAGUACGGAGCGCCUUCAACUCACGGUUGGGGAGGCCAGCAGAGAAAUCAACCCCACUCCAUGAGUCCCGGAAAUGGAGGCCAGGGCAUCGGCAGAGCGCAGGUAUCCUCCAUGGACUUUAUGGCGAUGAAGCGCUCCCAGCUGUACGGGAUGCCUAACAACCCUUACUCAGCCCCGCCGCAGCCAGGGGGCGGGCCUUACCCUCCCAACCAGCCAUACACAUCACCUCCUCCUCAUCGUUAUCCAAUGAGCAUGCAGGGACGCGGGCAGAUGGGCAUGGGCGGGAUGCAGUACCCCCAACAACAGCAGGUGCCACCGUACGCCCAGCAAGGAAUGGGAGGCUAUGGCCAACAACAACCCACACAGCAGCAGCAGCAACAGCAGCAGCAGCAGCAGGCAGGCCAGACGGGAACCCCCCCAUACUUCAGCCCUCCUCAGCAGACCCCUCCAGGACCUACACAGGGCCCGUACAUGCAGACAAGGCCACAACCACAACAGGAGACCCAGCAGGAGAGCUUUAACACCAGGGGUCCAGUCACAGCCAAUUCUGCCAAGGCCAGCAGUGAGGACAGUGUACCCCAGGACCGCCCGUCUAGCCUGCCGGAUCUAUCUGGCUCCAUCGAUGACCUCCCCACUGGGACAGAGGCCGGCGUGGGCUCAGCCAGUGCUGCCAGUUCUUCCAGCAGCAGUAGUAGCCAAGGGGAACAGGGAGGCGCCAGUGCCCAGGGACAGUCCCCCUUCUCCCCCCACGCCUCCCCUCACCUCCCCAGCCAGAGGAGUGGACCCUCUCCGUCUCCUGUGGGCUCCCCGGCUGGCUCCACACAGUCGCAGCAGUCCCGCACCGGCUCUGGGCCCAUUUCUCCCGCCAGUGCUCCCUCUGCUAACAGCACUGGAGCAGGUUCAUCAAUGGCUGCACAGAGCACUGGGAAUGGACCAGAGGGAGCUCAUCCUCCAAUCCCCCGCUCUCCCAUGGCUCAGGACAGAGGGUUCAUGUCCAACAUGCAGAGAAACCAGAGCGGCUCCCAGUUCGCCUGUCCACAGUCUGGACCCCCCAUGUCCCCUCAUCCCACACCCGGAGGCCCCAUGUAUCCAGGGAUGGGCCCCUACUCCCAGAACAAUCCCACAGGGCAGUAUGGAUCUCAAGGAGCACAGUAUGGUCCGGGGAACUACCCACGGCCCUCCAACUACAGUGGCAGCUACAGUGGUCCUGGGAUGACAAACUGCAUGGGAAUGAACUCCACCAGUCCCAUGCAAGGCCAGGGCCCGAGCCAGCUCGGUGCCGUGGGACGCAGCCAUGGCCCCGUGAAUCACAACAGGGGCUACCCCCCAGUGGCCCCCAACUCUCCUAGCAUGCCCCAGUCCGCAGGGAUGGGCCCCCCAGCUAUGGGCACCGCAAACCGCAAAACCCAAGACUCAGCAAUACCUGGGUCGGCCAACACCCCGCACAACAGGCCUUCUCAGACGCAACCCACCAUCCACUGGCCUCCCUCUUGCACCCCUCCCUCACCUCCUCCACCUCGUCACAACCACCACCUCCAUCCCCUCCUAUCCCCUUCACAGCACAAGUGGCCCGGCAACUGCCAAGGUCCUGCUAUGAGCCAGUCAAACAGCCAGUCAGCAGUCAACAACAACUCUACUGUGGGAAAUGCACAAAGCCCAGCCUACAGCAUGCCACCCACAGGAGGCAUGACUGACGAGGUGAUGAGCCCAGACGGAAAAGCCAAAUCCGAUGUAAAGGAAGACUGCUCAGCUAAUGAUCCCCACAAACCAAAGCUCCAAGAUGGUUAUAGCAGCACUAACAGCAGUAGCGGAGGUGCACAGCAAUGUGUGUCCCAACCCGCUACACCAGGAGGUACUCUCCAGGUGUCUUCUCCACUGUCCCCCAGCCCUGCCAGUCUGUCCUCCUACCACGGGGAUGACAGCGACAGCAUCAGCAGCCCACCAUGGCCCCUCAAGACCCCCUCCAGCCCUAAAGCUAACUCGUCUUCCCUCGGUGGGGAUAGAGUCGCGCGCCUUUUUGAGCUUGGUGCAGAGCCGGAGCGGCGCAGUUGGGUGGAGCGUUACCUGUCCUUUAUGGAGGAAAGAGGCACACCUGUGGGCCAGCUGCCGAUUGUGGGCAAGAAGCCCCUGGACCUAUGGAAACUCUAUGUGGCUGUGCGUGAGAUAGGAGGGCUGGCUAUGGUGAACAAAAACAAGAAGUGGCGUGAGCUGUCCGGCACGUUGAAUGUGGGCACGUCCAGCAGCGUGGCGAGCUCUCUGAAGAAGCAGUACAUCCAGUAUCUGUUUGCCUAUGAGUGUAAGAUGGAGAGGGGGGAGGAGCCGCCCACAGACAACAGCAACAGCAACAGCAACAGCAGCAGCAGCGGCACAGGGGCAGGGGACAGAGGGAAGCAGGUCAAGAUCCAGCCCCCCUCACCUGCAAAUUCAGGUGGAUCCCUCCAAGGCCCACAGACGCCUCAGUCCUCGGGCAGCAGCUCCACAGCAGAGGUCGCAGCAGAGCUGAAGCCCCCCACUCCGGCUACCACACCGCUGGGACAGGCCACACCACUGCCCCCCAACAGGAGCAGUGUGAGUGUACAGGACCCCUUCUCGGAGGUGAACGACCCGGCCUUCCAGAAGCGCGCUCCAUCCCUGCCCCCCUCCAGCCCCUACCAGCAGGGCCUGGCCAUGCCCGACAUGAUGAUGAGGAUGCACUAUGACACCAAGGACCCUUUCGCUGGAAUGAGAAAGAUGGCUGGAGGUGACCCCUACAUGCCCAGUCAGAUGUCUGGUGGUCCAAUGCAGGAUAUGUAUGGACGACCCUCCUCAGCUCUACCUAUGAACCAGCGCUCUCCGUACCCCUAUGGACCAGGUUAUGACAGAAGGCCUGACCAUAUGAUGAGUAUGGAUGGGAGCAUGGGCCCUCCUGGCAGUCAGAACAGUAUGGGACCUGCCAACAGUGAGAACAAUAUGUACGCUCCCAACAGAUACCCCUCACAGCCGAGACAUGAUGGUUAUGGGCAGCAGUAUAGCAUGUCUUAUGGUAUGCACUCAUCCGGGAUAUACCCACAGCAACAGGGCUACAAACGCCCCAUGGACGGUAUGUACGGCCCUCCUGCUAAGAGGCAUGAGAGUGAAAUGUAUGGCAUGCAGUAUCAGAACCAACAGCCAGACAUGUACAACCACUACGGAGGGGGCUACUCAGGGCCAGAGCACAGACUGAUGCAAGGACAGUUCUCAUACCCAUAUCCUCGGGAUCGCAUGGGACCAUCACAGGCCCAGCACAGUAUGAUAGGAGGGGGGUCCACUCCGAAUCACAGCGAUGGGCCUAACAUGUGGUCAUCCAGGACAGACCUAGGCUACCCAUACCAUAACCGACCUCCCGCCCAAAUGCCCCCUUACGGCUCAAUGGGUAGAGAGGACAUGGAGGGCAGGCCAGGGCAGGAGCAGUGGCACCGGCAGUCCUCUUAUAUGUCCUCCUCAUCCAUGACCCCUCUGUCGGCACGCCAACCUCCCUCGUCCUACUCUGGUUCUUCAUCCAUGGUCAACCACCUGUCCAGAGCCCCCAGCCCAGGAGCAUACCAGCGCUCCAUGGACUCCAGAAUGUCCCCCAGCAAAGUCCCCUUUAUGUCCCCCCUGAAGAUGCCCAAACCUGGAAUGGGCAUGGUGGGUUCACAAGGCUCUGGGAUGCUUCAGUUUCCACCCAAUCUUAGGAGAGACCUGAACUACCCACCAGGUUCUGUAGAGGCUACAAUGCCAGCUCUCAAAACAAGACGCAAGUUCACAUCUAAGGAUACUGGAACCCCCGAGGCCUGGCGUGUGAUGAUGUCUCUAAAGUCUGGGCUGUUGGCUGAGAGCACAUGGGCCCUGGACACAAUCAACAUACUGCUCUAUGAUGACAGCACAGUGGGCUCCUUUAACCUCUCACAGUUGCCUGGUUUCCUUGAGCUAAUUGUGGAGCAUUUCCGUCGCUGUUUGAUUGAAAUAUUUGGCAUCUUAGAAGAAUUUGAAAUUGGGACUAAAGUACACAAAAGCGAUUCAGAAAUUCUUUGUGAUGAAAAAACAGAAGACACAAUAGAUCAUGUUGCUAGCCCCACUCCCAAACUUGAUUCUACAACUCUGCCUCUGCCUGAAUUAACAGUACAGCAAACCCCAGUAGAGGGCAGCACAAAGGAACUCAUUACUAAAGAGGAGACGGUGCCACCUGAGGUCAACAUGGAGAUAGUGGUAAUGAAUGAUAAAAAAGAAGAGAAAGAAAAGGAUCAAGGGGAGGAAAAAAAUGAACUGAAACCAGAGAUUAAGGAUGAGCCACAGGAGCAGUUGGCCUCUGAGCAAGAACCAAGACCAAAACAGGCCAGCAAACAUGACAAGUUCCCCAUCAAGAUCGAUCAGAAAGAGGACUUGAUAGAGGACCUGAUGGAGCGCUUGGGCUACAUCUCAGAGUUCACCACUGGACUGCUCCACUGGCAGGCUGGAGGAGGAGACACCACUGCUCAUAUCCAGACACACUUGGAGCCACGAACUGAGCCUCCUGCCCGAAACAAUACAGACAGACAGGAGGAAAAGAAAGAGGAGGGCAGCGCAGAAGAAGGAGAGGAGCCACACAAACAUAUCACAGCUACUAUUGAUGACGUACUGUGUGCCCGGGUGGAUGCACUUUCAUCCGCCCACCCAGCACGCUUCUUACCAUCCUACCCCUUCAGAGUGCAUUCGAAUGGGGAGAAAGACCACAUCACCCUCCUAGAAGAUGAGCCCCGAUGCCUGGAUGAAGCGCCUCUGUGCACCACACUGGCCUGGCAGGAGUCCCUAUCCAAGCGCUGUCUCUGUGUGUCAAAUAUUGUCCGCAGUUUGUCUUUCAUACCAGGCAACGACUCUGAAAUGUCCCGCCACCCUGCUCUGGUUCUCCUCCUGGGCAGGCUCCUGCUACUGCACCACCAGCACCCAGAGAGAAGCAGAGCACCCCCAAGCUUUCAGAGGGAUGAACAACAGGAACAAGGUGUGUCCAGCAAUAAAGAUGAGUGGUGGUGGGAGUGUCUAAGUGUGCUCAGGGAGGAUGCCCUUGUGACACUAGCCAACAUAUCCGGCCAGCUAGACCUCUCCCACUACACAGAUACCAUCUGCCUCCCCAUCCUGGACGGGCUGCUGCACUGGAUGGUGUGCCCCUCUGCAGAGUCCCAGGACCCCUUCCCCUCAGCAAGCUCACACUCACCCCUCACGCCUCAAAGGCUAGUGCUGGAGUGUCUGUGUAAGCUAAGUAUCCAGGACGCUAAUGUCGAUCUGCUGUUAGCCACUCCUCCGUUCAGCAGACAGGAGAAGCUCUUCAGUGUCCUGGUCAGGUACGUCGGGCAGAGGAGGACCCAGGUGUACAGAGAGAUGGCCGUGGCCAUCUUGUCACACUUGGCACAGGGGGAGCCCACAGCGGCUCGUGCUAUUGCCAUGCAGAAGAGCUGUGUGGGGAAUCUGGUGGGCUUUUUGGAGGAUGGUGUUAGUAUGGUGCAAUACCAACAGAACCCUCACAGCCUGCUGCACAUGGGACACCCUCCAAUGGACCCACCCAGCAACAACAUGCUGUGCAGAGCUGCUAAAGGCCUCCUGGCCAUGGCCAAAGUGGAGGAGAACAAACCUGAGUUUGUACUGUACGAAAGCAGAUUAUUAGACCUCUCCAUUUCAUCGGUGCUCAACACGGCUGUGGUGGCCACAAUCUGCCAAAUCCUCUUCCACUUAGGAAAGUUAUGACAGGAGGACUGGCAGGACUCACACAGAGGACCGUAAAGUGGACAACAUAUCCCUGUGAUUUUAUAUUUUUAUUUAUCAAAAUGAAAGAAAUGAAUUUGUUUUAUAUGAAAUAUCCAGCUUAACAGAAUAUGUCUAUUCAUGUAAAGCUUCUUGGCCCUGUUAAUAAACAGGUUUUAAAGCUCAUUUUAAUACAAAUAUUUACCUGCUGGUGUUGGAUUGCAGUGUUCAGCCUUUAGUUUGGCUCUUCUGUUUAUUGUUUACGUUUUCAGCCAAAGCUGCCACCAGAUAUUGGUGCUGAAUGAGUUUUAUUUGGAGACAAUGAUAAUUUUUCAGUUUUAUAAAUGCCAAUCUACUCAUCGACCUUUUGUUAUGAAGAGUAUUUAUUUAAAAUGUGACACUGUACAGUAGUUUGAUCUUAUUGCCAACAGAAAUGGUGAAACUGAAACACUGACUCUAUGAAAUGUAUGUUUUCUUCAUUGGAAGAUCAAUUGUGCAAUAGGACAAGAGAAAGUCUAAAACAGACUCAUGCAAUGUGUGCUUUGGGCCAUGGGGAGGCAGCAUUGCACAAGCCAAUUAACAGAGAAGAACCGUCUAAUUUAUCAACCAUAGCCUUUCACCAGUUCAACUCACAGAUGAGGGUUGUGUUUUUACACUUGUGUCAUGUCUGUAUUUUUUCAUCACUGUGUAUAUAAACGGUUGUAUAUGGACACGUGUUUCAAGCAUAGUGAGAGAUGAGGCUUUCUGAAUUAUUAGAAAGAAAUGCAUUUAUUGUUGGUAAAUUUGUUAUUGUUAUUAUACAUAUUUUGUUAAUGGGGUCAACUAUUUGAAAAGAUGUAACUGAUGUUUAAUGUACAAAUCCUGUAUGCAUUGUAUUAUAGCUGAGAAAACAAUCGCUUUGGUAAUUCCACAUGAAAGUGCCGGGGUGAGAGGAGAGCUAUGAGGUCACACAGAGAAACUAUACAUUCAUAUCUCCAUUCAUGUCAAUGGAAUCAUUCUGAACUGGCUCUGAAACACCAGAGGAAAGCCCGGGAGCUCAUUGUAAACUUUGCCUUUUUCAUAUGACUGUCUCUUUUAUCAGUACACAUUUAUACUCUGUGUUGCACAUGUCACAAAUAAAUGUACAAUGAACAUGCGGAUACACACCUAUGUCGCUUUAUGUCCCGACAAUCUUAGGCCAAUAAAACGAACAUCAGCUGCUA